AUGUCAGCAUCAACUAGUCAAAAUGAAGACUUUAUUGUCGAAGUUACAACUGAAGAAAAGGAACCUGAAGAAAGGGAAUCUGAAGAAAAGGAAUCUGAAGAAAAGGAAUAUGAAGACAAAGAAAAUGAACUUAUAAAGUAUUGUACAAUUAGUCCGGAAGAAUCAGAAUUAGAUAAAUUUCAUAAUUUGAUUGAACCUUGGCUCUGUGAUAGUAAUGCUAAUUUAUACAUUCCACAAAAUUGGUUUUAUCUUGAUGAGAAAAAAGAAAAAAUUCUUCUAAUUGGAAACCAUUCAAUUCAAGUUUGGUAUAAUAGAGGGCCAGAGAAAGGUCCUAGAAAAAGAUCUCUUGAAUUUAUUCACGUUCCUUUUCCUCAAUUGGACAAUUGGGUAGAUAAAACAAUGAAAGUAAUAGAUAUCAAGUAUUGUAUCGGAAAAUUCAAUCUUAAAAUUCAAAUUGAAGAUGCUGAAGGAACUCUUCAAAUUAAACAAAUUAAAAUAGAAGAUGAAUAUGAUAUUAUAAAUGUAGUAAGAGAUCAUGAGCUUGUAAACGACAUUUUAUCUUUUGGAAAAUUGGUUCAUAUACCGCAAUAUUUUUCUUGGUCAGAUUCUACUAUGCUUGCAUGUUUUUUAGAAUAUUAUUCUAAUAAUGCAGUUCGUAAUAUUGGAUGGAUGAAUACUGUUGUAGACAUCAUACCAAAAUUAUAUAGACAUGUCGAAAAAAUAAUUAAAAAACAAAGUGAUGCCUUUUCAGAUGCAGUUAAAAAUAGUAAACCUGGCGUAUAUCGUUUUCAAAUUGAUUAUAUUCAUGAAUUUGCUCUUCUUGAAAAAUCAUUAGAAUUAAAUAAUUUAGUUUCUAAGUUUAAUGAUAAAAUAAGAGCAAAGAAUAUCAGAAAAAUGAAAUCAAAACCAUUUCCUUAUAUUCAAAUGUUAAAUAAGAGUGAAUUAGAAUCUUGGUCAAUUGAAGAUUGUAAAUUUAUUUGGGAAGAAUAUUGGUUCCUUGAAGAUUAA